AUGUAUGAGGCCUCUGAGGCAGCAGUGUGGGCAGCCUCUCUGAUAAGAAGGACCUAUAUAAGUCAGGCUGCACUGGGAGGUCACUCUAUGCAGCACUUGGAGGUCACUCUACACACCCCUGAAGCUCAGAAAGACAAACAUGCAUUUAGAAAAAGUGAUCAUCACCGUUUUCACCUUGGCAUUAACGGCAGUCUCAGAGACGCGACCUGGACCGACUCCAUGGCCAAUCAGGCUCAUCACAAGUCCAAACCGGCAAAGGAUGAGGAUCAGGUCUACAAGAGUCACAUAGACGACAGCGGCCUUUACAACCGCGGCGAGGACGACCUCUACAAGAACCCGUUGUCGGAAGAGAUGCAGCGCAAAAUCUACAUGGAGUCGGAGCGCCUGCGUGCGCGUCUGCGUCAGGAGCUGGCCGAGCUGAGGGAGAGGCUGGAUCUCUCGCCGUCCCCCCGCGGCGCCACCUUGGCCGCCGUGAGGCAGCGCUUGUCCCCCAUCACCCAGCAGCUCCUCGACUCUCUGAGCAGCAGCGCCCACCGCCUGUGCGACCGGCUCCGUCUUCACCUCGGCCGCCAGGAAGACCCCCGAGACUUCCACUGGAUGACGCAAACACUGCAGCGGGGCACCUCCGAGCUGGCGGCCAUCUUGGAUGACCUCGCCGCUCAAACCUCCCAGGUGACGGAGCGCCUGGGGGAGACGAGCGAAGCGGUGAACAGGGAAAUCCUGCAAGACUUCGCCUCGAGGUUGGGACGGGAAGUGAGUGCCCUGAAGGUGGAGGUCCAGAAGGCGUUGGAGACUCUCAAAGCAGAGCUGGCGAGGGAUGACGCCGACGGCGCCUUGGAGCGCUUCUGCCAAAGCGCGGCGCGGCAACUUGACUUUCAGGCCCGGAUGGAGAGGAUGUUCACGGGAAUGGAGGAGGAGACCAGUCCUUCGCUCUCUGGACACUCUGAAGGCUCAUUGCAGGAGGACUUCUCAGUCAAACUGUCGGCUCUCAUUCAGGACAUUCUGCACUCUGUGCAGUGACACGUCCGACAACAAAAUACCGCCAUGUCCGGGCUAUGGAUCGCACCUGUAUUUAAGCCAAAUUUUAGAAGAAAACAACAUGUUUUCAUAUAUUACCCGCAUCGGACUAUAAUAUAGAUUGUGUAAAGAUUUAUUGCCAUACCUUAAUUGUUACCAAACGAUGCCUGUAAAACGGCAGUAAAACAGCUGAUCACACAAAACAGAAGUCAUCAUCACGGACCCUCUAGCUGUGGAAGAUAGCUCUCCAAACAGCUAAACAGACUCAUUUAGUCCACAGUGACGUUUUGGUGAAUUGUACAAAAUUGAAACAAUACAAAAAGAAUGCCAUCGAAAGCUAAUAAAACCGAGCGGUAUAGCUCGGUCGGUAGAGUGGCCGUGCCAGCAACUUGAGGGUUCCAGGUUCGAUCCCCGCUCCCGCCAUCCUAGUCACUGCCGUUGUGUCCUCAGGCAAGACACUUUACCCAUCUGCUCCAAGUGCCACCCACACUGGUUUAAAUGUAACUUAGAUAUUGGGUUAUAUAUAAAUCUAUAUAAAUCUAAUUCACUAAAACUAACACAGACACUCGUAAACGUGUCAGCGUACACACCGCGAGCUUGAUUACAUGACGGUAGCACGUACAAAUGUGCAUGAAAACACUCCUACAGACAUCACACACGGGACGGUUUACUAAGCAUGAAUUGCUUUAGUUGCAUUGUAAAACUUACAAACGUUGCUUGGAGGGAUGAGUGACGAAUCCGUACGAGUAGCGACGCCAUGGACAAGUAGCAGACGAAACGGGAUAUGCUUCCGGUUCAAGGCACAAAACAGGAAGUACUUUUUUUUUUUACCCGCAGUGAGCAAAUUUGUCCAAAAGACGGCGCCAUAGCACAAACAAUAACACACCUUCUCAGCGUCUCUGUCGGUGUUUUAUAAAAACCAUGUGUUGAAUGCAAAACAUUAUGGCCGCUCGGGAAGAAAAAUCCAUAUUAUAAGCCGCAGGGUUCAAAUCAAAGGAAAAAGGUAGUAUAAAAAAAUAUGGUAUUUCUAAGUGACUGGCAUGUACAUAUUUUUAAAGUAUUUUCCUUUUCUUAUGUGUAAAUGAUUGCUAUGGAGUGGGAACAUACCCAUUCAGUUUUGGUCCCUUGCUACAUCGCGUCCUAAAUAAAGAAUUUCCAAGCAUAAAUAAAGUAAAAAAGUUGAUACUAUAGCGGUAUUUACCACGAGAAGGAACUAAACCAAUCAGAGUUCAGUAUCAAGGCCACUGAUUGGCUCAGCCGCAGACAGCAUAACUAUAUUGGAUUAAAAGAAUGUAAAGAUGACUAAAGGGUGUUGUGUCU